AAGCAAUUGAAAGGACAGGUGGGGGACUGGGGAGGGAGAAAGUAGAAAGAAAGAAGCGCUGGCGCUUAGAGCAGAAAAGUCCAACACCGCCUCGUCCUCCUCCUAAUCCUUUCUCUUUACCAAAUGCACAAUACCAACUGAAAUGAAAGCUCUGCCUUUCUCCAUCUUCCUCUCUGCUGCUGCCCUCCUCUCCCUCUUCUCUUCCUCUUUCGUCCUUCCUCAACAAAACUUAGGCCUUUGCCACGACAACGAUAAUCAAGUUAUUCACAUGGCUACUCUAGGGGGCGUCCAUGAUUCCAAUUCCAACCCCGACACCCACUCCCUCGCCCGAUUUGCUGUUGACCAACACAAUACCAAAGAGAAUGGAUUACUUGAGCUGGUCAGGGUUGUGGAGGCACGAGAACAAGUUGUCGCAGGUACCCUGCACCAUCUUGUACUCGAAGUUCUUGAUGCCGGCAAGAAGAAACUUUAUGAGGCAAAAAUUUGGGUAAAGCCGUGGAUGGAUUUUAAACAACUACAAGAAUUCAAACAUGUUCGAGAUGUUCCUUCUUUUACCUCCUCAGACCUCGGUGCUAAGACAGAUGAUCAGGUCUCCGGAUGGCGACCAGUGCCAGUACACGAUCCUGUUGUUCAGGAUGCUGCUCAUCAUGCUAUUAAGACGAUUCAGGAGAGAUCUAACUCAUUAUUCCCUUAUGAACUAAGUGAGGUGGUCCAUGCGAAUGCAGAGGUUGUUGACACAUCAGCGAAGUUUGAUAUGCUUCUCAAGGUCAAGAGAGGAGGAAAAGAAGAGAAGUACAAGGUUGAGGUGCAUAAGAGCACAGAAGAAGGUGGUUUCAACUUGAAGAAGGUGGAUCUUGAUCACUCUUAAGUAUGAAGCUAAUGGCAUGUGACACCUAAUGCUGAAAACAGUUUAGAAGUUGAUGGUUAUGCUGACAUAGAAAACUAUAAGUUGCUCUUUUGGAAUUGCCAUGGCCUGACUGUCUCAGAUAUCGGUUUCCUUGGAACUUUACAUUUGACUCGUCUAACAAUAUUGGUUUUUAGUUUUGUAUCUGUGACACGUAAUCUUUGCUUUGUUUUGAAUUUGGACGACUCUAAAUAAGGUCUUUCCAGACUUGAAAUAAAUACAUAUUUGGCAAACCACAAA